AUGCGCUUCUCCCUCCACGUGGCCGCCAUCGGCCUGGGCAUUACGGCCUCAGUCGCUGCCCAGGACAGUCCCUUUGAGCCACCUGAUUUCAAUGUCACCCAAGCACUCGUCGAUCAGGGCGUCAAUGUGUCGGCGUUGCCAGAACUGGCUUCCCUAACUAAGAGAUCCUCAAUAUCCCCAUGCUCGAUCGCCUGCGACUCUUUGAGGCUCCUCUUCGGUUCGUCGAACGUCAUCGAGCAAGGCAAUCAAGCCUUUGAUGCCUUCACGAGUGCCUACUGGUCCGUCCAGCAAGAAAGUGUCGAUCCAUCCUGUAUCUUCAAACCAACCAGUGCGACCCAAGUGUCGAUAGCAAUCUUGCUCUCGCGACUCACUCAAUGCCCAUUCGCCGCCAAGUCUGGCGGGCAUGCAGCCUUCGCCGGAGCCUCCAGCAUUCAGGGUGGCAUCACCAUGUCACUCGAGAAAAUCAACGCAAUCAAACUCUCAUCAGACAAAAAGACCGCCGACGUUGGCCCAGGUAACACAUGGUUCACCGUGUACACCACCCUUCAGCCUGCCGAUGUAACGGUGAUUGGCGGUCGUGUCUCAGCCAUUGGAGUAGGCGGCCUGACUACUGGUGGUGGUAUUUCCUUCUUCUCCAACAUCCACGGGUGGGCCUGCGACAAUGUUGUUAGCUACGAGGUUGUCACCGCGUCUGGGGUAACUGUUACUGCCAGCGCUACCCAGAACAAGGACCUGUUCUUUGCCCUGCGUGGUGGCGGUAACAACUUUGGCAUCGUGACCAAGUUCACAUUCAACGCCGUCCCACUUCCUGGCGGUUUGAUGUGGGGUGGCGGUCGUGUGUCCACUGAAGACCAGUUCGACGCUCUCAUCGACGCCUUCUACAACGUCGGUGUCAAUUCUCCUCAAGACCCCAACGCCGCGCAGAUCCUUUCUUUCGCUUAUGUGCCGUCUUCCGAUCUCAAAGUCGCCGCUGCCGACCUCCAAUAUGCACAGCCCGUUGCUAAUGCGUCCAUCUUUAGCGAAUACUUGUCCAUCCCAGCCAUCUCUGAUACGACCUCAAUACGGACAUUGGCAAACCUGACUCAGGAAUUCAACGCCAGCAAUCCCGACGGACUGCGCGAGACCUACUGGGCGGCGGCAUACAAGCUCAACAAGAACCACACCGCUUCGGUCCGAGACAUUUUCUUUGAGGAGCUCGAGUCGAUCAAGGACGCGGCCGGCCUGGUGCCCGCCGCGACAUUGCAAGUCAUCACCGAAGGACAGCUGGCCGGUAUGACCAAGAAUGGCGGAAACCCACUGGGUCUCUCUGCUUCUGACGGGCCAUUCUUGCUGCUCAACACGAACAUGAUGUGGACCAACGCCGCCGAUGACACGAGGAUCCUCCAGACCAACCAGCGCGUCAUCGACCGGACAGUGGCCCUGGCUCAGUCGAUGGGAUUGUUUGAGGACUACAUCUACAUGAACUACGCCAGUCAGUUCCAGGACGUCGUUUCCAGCUACGGCGCGGCCAACAAAGCCAAGCUGCAGAGCAUUGCCGGCAAGUACGACGCUACGGGCGUGUUCCAAACGCUGCAACCAGGCUACUUUAAGCUUAAUGGACCGCCCAGCCCUAGUGGCCCUUAG